CUCAGUGACGCGCUACAUAUAUUCACCCUUCCACUCGUGAUGAACAUCCUUACAGUGGUGGUGUGUACGUGGGUGGUGAUGAUGGUGGUGCCAUUGGUCCAGAGCUCACCACUACCUGCAGGAUGUAUGAUCUACGAGAUAGGAGGCGGGAUAGAGGAAGAGGAGGACUAUACUCCUUCCUUCCCCCUCUCCUCCGAUACCUCCUUACCCAUCCUGGUGAAGAAGAACCACUGGAAAAAAAUCUCGAUGGGGUUCGAGUCGCCACAGGGUAAGACGAUCGGGUCGCUCACCUUCACGCGAGGCGACAGAAUCAAUCUCACCCUGUCCACCUGGGAGGCCUACCAUGACCAGGAGGAGCAGGUGGUGCAGCUCCACCAAAAUAAGUCCCACUAUCUUAGUCUGAAUGAUUGGACUUUACUCUCUCUGGCUGUCCAAGCAGGUCAACUAAAGAUGAAGGUGGAGGACGCCUUCGAAGUCAUCUUUCACAGGGUGGAUGCGACGUCAUUUCAGAAGGUCUUCGCUCACGUCUCCCUCGGUCAUCAUCUUGACGUUAGCUUCAACUGCCUCCCUGUUAUUAGUAAAACAACAACAACAACAUCAACAUCAACAUUAACAAUAACAACAACAACCACCGGGCGACCACCACCACCACCUCCACCAGGACAAUCUUCAUGGACCAUCGCUCAUAUUGUCACCUUCAUCCUCCUCCUCCUCUUCCUCCACCUUCUCCUCUUCGUAACACUUGGGUUCCUGUAUUGGUGGAGGAAAAGAAAAACAACAAUGAUAAAAACAGAAGAAGAAACGAAGAUGGAGGCAAGACGUGACGAAGACGAAGAACUUAGUGAAAACCAGUCUCUUAUAACACACUCUUCGGGAGUAACUGGGUGUAGGACAGAGGCUCAGGGGGGCGUGUGUGGUGAGGCGACAAUGACAGUCAACACACACCAAGCUAACAAACUCCUCAAGGAUUAUUUUAUAUCGAACGAGACUCAUCAGUGUGGACCUGUGACGCAAAUAUACCUCAAUGUAGCACCGCCGUUGUACUCACUAGUGGAGAGUAAAGCUAGCUCACAAACGCCCAUUAUCUCACCAGUGGAGAAUAAAGCUAGCUCACAAACGCCCAAUAUCUCACCAGUGGAGAAUAAAGCUAGCUCACAAACGCCCAUUAUCGCAACAGAAGAGAUUAAAGCUAGCUCACAAACGCCCAUUAUCGCAACAGAAGAGAUUAAAGAUAGCUCACAAACGUCAAUUAUCUCAACAGAAAAGACUAAAGCUAGCUCACAAACGCCAAUUAUCUCACCAGUGGAGAAUAAAGCUAGCUCACAAACGCCAAUUAUCUCACCAGUGGAGAAUAAAGCUAGCUCACAAACGCCAAUUAUCUCAACAGAAGAGAUUAAAGAUAGCUCACAAACGCCCAUUAUCGCAACAGAAGAGAUUAAAGAUAGCUCACAAACGCCCAUUAUCUCAACAGAAGAGAGUAAAGCUAGCUCACAAACGCCCAUUAUCGCAACAGAAGAGAUUAAAGCUAGCUCACAAACGCCCAUUAUCGCAACAGAAGAGAUUAAAGAUAGCUCACAAACGUCAAUUAUCUCAACAGAAAAGACUAAAGCUAGCUCACAAACGCCAAUUAUCUCAACAGAAAAGACUAAAGCUAGCUCACAAACGCCAAUUAUCUCACCAGUGGAGAAUAAAGCUAGCUCACAAACGCCAAUUAUCUCAACAGAAGAGAUUAAAGAUAGCUCACAAACGCCCAUUAUCGCAACAGAAGAGAUUAAAGAUAGCUCACAAACGCCCAUUAUCUCAACAGAAGAGAGUAAAGCUAGCUCACAAACGCCAAUUAUCUCAACAGAAGAGAUUAAAGAUAGCUCACAAACGCCCAUUAUCUCAGCAGAAGAGAUUAAAGAUAGCUCACAAACGUCAAUUAUCUCAACAGAAGAGAGUAAAGCUAGCUCACAAACGCCAAUUAUCUCAACAGAAGAGAUUAAAGAUAGCUCACAAACGCCCAUUAUCUCAACAGAAGAGAUUAAAGAUAGCUCACAAACGCCCAUUAUCUCAACACAAGAGAUUAAAGAUAGCUCACAAACGCCCAUUAUCUCAACAGAAGAGAUUAAAGAUAGCUCACAAACGCCCAUUAUCUCAACAGAAGAUAUUAAAGAUAGCUCACAAACGCCAAUUAUCUCAACAGAAGAGAGUAAAGCUAGCUCACAAACGCCCAUUAUCUCAACACAAGAGAUUAAACAUAGCUCACAAACGCCCAUUAUCUCAACAGAAGAGAUUAAAGAUAGCUCACAAACGUCAAUUAUCGCAACAGAAGAGAUUAAAGAUAGCUCACAAACGCCAAUUAUCUCAACAGAAGAGAUUAAAGAUAGCUCACAAACGCCCAUUAUCUCAACAGAAGAGAUUAAAGAUAGCUCACAAACGCCCAUUAUCUCAACAGAAGAGAGUAAAGAUAGCUCACAAACGCCCAUUAUCUCAACAGAAGAGAGUAAAGCUAGCUCACAAACGCCCAUUAUCUCAACAGAAGAGAUUAAACAUAGCUCACAAACGCCAAUUAUCUCAACAGAAGAGAUUAAAGAUAGCUCACAAACGUCAAUUAUCUCAACAGAAGAGAGUAAAGCUAGCUCACAAACGCCCAUUAUCUCAACAGAAGAGAUUAAAGAUAGCUCACAAACGCCCAUUAUCUCAACAGAAGAUAGUAAAGCUAGCUCACAAAGAGACAGGCGGAAGAGAGUCCCGCAACGACGAACCUUGAGGCCAACGAGACAGCAGACAGGAGGACUUAUGGAACACCUGCUAACACUUGUGGGACACCUGCCAAAACCUAUGGGACACCUGUCAACACCUGUGGGACACCUGCCAACACCUGUGGGACACCUGCCAACACCUGUGGAGAAGUCAAUGCCAACCAAUGAGUGGGCAGCUGUUGACCCACAGAUGAGCAGACAGGCUCUCAAUGACUCGUCGAUAAGCCCACAGAUGUACAGUGACCAUAAUAUAACCCCAGAACCACCUUAUGAUUUAACGAAUGACACACAUUUACUUCCUGAUGAAGACGUGGAUAUGGAAGAGAAGAUAAAACCGAGGAAAAGAGUUUAUCUUGAUGACAUUAUCAAACCAAAGACCGAAUACGGACUUAUCCAGGACGAUGGUAAAAUCUUCAAAAAGAGAAGAAUUGUACUGACAGAGGAAGAUAAUAUGGACAUAACAACAGAGGAGGCGAAGUUAAUGGAUAUCGAUCAUAAUAUUCCCACAAAUGACAACGAGAUGGAAGAGUCUAAUGAGGAUGAAGAAGAGAAGGAGGAACUGUGAUAAUCUUGAAAUAAGUUGUUUAGAACGAGACAAAGACAAGGGAAAUAUAGAACAUCAAACACUCAGCAGCACUAAGAAAUAUUCCAGGUCAGACAUCGGGAACUGUGACUUAACAUCGAGGGAAGGAGUACUUAAAACAAGACAGAUCUAGGCUGAGUGCUGCACAAGUAACAACAUCCUCCGACAAGCCAACAGAGACCUACAGUGAUAAAGGGACCAGGCAUCUACGACGUGUCUGAUGUAUAUCCUGUUAAGAGCGAGACACCGUGCCGAAGCAGAGUAAAGUUCGCCUCAAGGAUGGAAAAACACACACACACCCACGCACGGAUUACCUUGUCCUUAUCAAUACCUCGCUGGUUACCCGAGACCAGUAGGAUCCAGGUACACCAGCUGGUCCCGUUACACUAGCUGGUCCAGGUACACUAGCUGGUUCAGGUGCAUCAGCUGGUCCAGGUACACUAACUGGCCCAGUAUAGGUACACCCGCUGGUCCAGGUACACUAACUGGCCCAGUAUAGGUACACCAGCUAGCCCUGGUACAUCAGCUUCCUCGCAAUCAACAUCCUGUUGUUGACAUAUCAGGAAGAGGAGGAAGAGGGUGUGUUUACGUCCUGUCGCGCCCUCCUCCUCACACAAAACAAUAGCAACACUCCUUCAGCGUCUCCUCCCCCGAGAGCACCCUUACUCACGGGUCCCCAGAAAUCAAGAAGGGUCACCCAGGUUUACUGAAGAGGAUACCAGAGUUCAUCUGAGGUUACUGAAGGUCCAGUGAGGUCAUGUCAGGUCAAUAGAAAUCUGUCCCCCGUGAUGUCAGGGCAACACCACUACCAGACGACCCCGAGGAGGAGAAGGAGGACAAUAAUGUUUCUUGUCCUCCUGGCCAGGAUGAUGCUGGUCUCCACCACAGGUUGUGUGGAAACAUUGGGAUCACGGCCAUCGGUGUCCCAGAGUGUGAAGCGUCUUCUUACCAAUCCUACCAGGGUGUCCUUCCGC